AUGGCACCAUCAGAUCAAUCCACUACGGAACUGACUGAGUUGAAGCCUACAAGAACACGAUUUCCUUAUUUGCGUGUCAAAGCCAUAUUGGUAAGUUUGAGCCCUGGAGGACCAUUUUACUACGUAAGAAAUUGGUAUCCUGCUCUAUUCAAUUACGAGGAGCAGGCGGCUGGCAUGUCAUCCCAUCCCAG